AUGCUUGGGGUAGUUAAGUUUACCCUCUGGGUGAUAACAGGUCUGCUGGCCGUGCUGACCGUCUUAUUUAAUGUCUACAUCUUUGUGACGUGUCUCUGGAACUACAAGCAGAAAAAGCAGUUGGGUCCCAGUGAUACAAUCAUCAUGGCUCUGUCGGUGGCGGAUGUGCUUCAUCAGCUGGCCUGUUACUUCUGGAUGACCAUGGUUGAAGUGGACAGAGAGUGCCGCAUCGCACAGAUUAUCUACACCGUCAUGCUACAGUGCGUCUUCAGUGUCAAGUUCACCAUUAUGUGGGACACCAGCUUUCUCACCUUCUACUACAGCACCAAGCUGGUCAACACCCCCAAUCAGUGCUACACACACAUCCAGACUGCCAUCCUCAAGCACGUCACCUUAGCCGUGUUUCUCAUCCCUCUGUGUGGCCUGUGCACCUGCAUGCCCAUGCUGGUGGUGUUUCAUGCUGAGCAGAACGUCACGGAGACAAACAAAGACUGCGGGAUUUUAGUCCCUGACACCAAGGCCGGCCUGGUUUAUGAUGUCCUUUAUUUGCUCCUCGCUGAUGUACUGCCAGGGCUGCUCAUGAUAAAAUGCUGCAUCUCCAUCUCUGUCCACCUGGCCAUCCAUCUCCGCCACAUGAAAGCCAGCACCAACGGAGCGCACCUCCCAAAGCUGGGCUCCCAGAUGAGGGUGAUCGAGAUGGCUCUGUCCAUCGUGGCCGUCUUCAUUGUCUUCCUCGUGGUUGACCUGUAUGUGAACUACCAAAUAGUGGUGAACCACGAGAACGACAUCACGCUCACGUUCCUCUUCACAUCCGUCUACACGACUGUUAAUGCCAUCGUGCUCAUCUAUGGUAAAAAGACUUUCUGGAAAGCUCUGCUACGUGAAUAUAACGUCCUGUUGGAUGUAUAUCCAUGUCUGUCUUGUCUGAAGGUGCCUGAACAAAAGGCUAAAACCAGCACUCCUGUAAAAGUCCAAAACUGA